CGGACGGUAUUAGUUAUCGACCCCAACUGCAACUAGGACAAUUUUCUUUUACUUUUUUUACCGGAAUUAUUGAAUCAUUGUGAAACACCGUAAUUUUUGUAAUCAUUCUAUACGACGUUGGAAACGAUGACAUCUCAGUCAGCAGAAGAAGCCUAUAUUAAAUGGUUAAAUGAUCACUUAACUAAGGCUACACCUCCAUUAAUUGUGUAUGAUUUAACUGAAGAAAUUAUCUGUAAUGGUGUAGCUAUUGGAAUACUAUUAGAAAUUAUUGGUCGAAUUAAAAUUGAUGGGUUACUUCUACAGCCAAUUACAACUGUGGAACGUUUACACAAUAUUCAUGAAGUGUUUAGCGUUUUAAGACGUUUGAAUGUAAAAAUCAAUAAUAUUCAACCUGAAGAUAUCAUGGAAGGGGAUAAAGAUACUGUACUUGAAUUAUUGAUUGCGAUUAAUGAUUAUUUUUUGCCUAAACCCAAUAUGAAAACACCGAAGAAAUUUAUUGCAAAUAAUCAUAAUCAUAAUCAUAAUGAUAUUGAUUAUAAAAUGGAAUCAAACGGUCGUACAUCAGCAUGGAGUACUAUAAGUAGUUCAACUAGAAGAACACCAAUAAAUCGAUCAGAAACAGUUCCACAAUUAAAUGGUAAUCAUGAAAAUGGAAUAUUAUCAACAAAUAAUCAUCAUUCACAUAAAAAUCUAUUACAUCAUUCUACAAAUGGUAUAGAUUAUCCUACAAUUGAUUUACCAUGGUCAAAUUCUAUAGAUCAUUUUACAGAUAAUAGUCGACAACCUUAUUCAUCUUAUCACCAAUCAUUAGCACCAACACCAACUCCAUCAGAAUUAACUAAUUCUACAAGUCCAAGAUCAAAAAGUACAGUGUACAGAGUACGUUCAGAACCAUUAUCACCUAGAUCUAUACAUGGUAAAAGAACUAUUCACAGAGAAGCGUCUUUAUCUACAGCACCAAUCAAUAUUAGAUCAGCUUUACCGAAUUUGAAUUCUGGUUCCAGAGGUUAUUAUCAUCAAACUAAUCCAUCACAAUCAAUACCAUCGAAUAAUUAUCCUGAUAGUAGAAAUGGAAAUACAAUAAGAAGUGGACGUUCAACAAAUGAAUUACCACAAAUAGUUGAUUCAAUGAAUGAAGUACAACAGCUUAGAUCACAGUUGAAUAUGUUGUCGAAACUUAUUGAAUCAGAUGGUUCUAAUCCUGUACGUACUGCUUCAGUAUUACGUCAAACAGCGGCAAAAAGUACACAAACUGAAUUUGGUUAUCUAUUGGAUAGACAAGCGAAAAAAUCAAAUGCUGAAAUCUCAGAAUUACGUGGUAUCAUCAAGAUUAAAGAAGAAGCUAUUCAUCUGUUAGAAGAGGAGAAUUCACGUUUAAGUGAUUCAUUGAAAACAUUUUUAUACAAUAUGAAUAAACCAGGAAGUUUAGAUAAAACUACCAUGUCCACCAAUAAUUAUUCCAUUAAAUCUCAUGAAUAUCAAGAUUUAUUAGACAAUAAUAAUAAACAAAGACUUUCAAAUAAUCCUAUGAAUACUUCACGCCCUCAUCCUCCUCAUCAUCAAGGACAACAACAACAAGCUGAACAUCAGCAUGAUUAUACGCCUCGACAUCAUCAUCAUUCACCUCAAUCUCGUCAACGUGAUCAUCACCAUAGUAACUAUAAUCCAUCAAAACAUACAUUCAAUCAAACAUACAGUCAUUUAAAUUCUUCAAAUACUUCUACCCCAAUUAAUACACCAAUGAUAAUAUCACCAUCACAUUUAUCUAUGAUCAAACCAGAUAACUAUGAUCGAACAAUAUCACCCCGUUCAAUAAGUCCAUAUAAAUUAGAUCAUUCUAAAAGUCAAUUAAUAUCACCAUCAUCAUUAUCAUUAUCACCAACAAAUUCAGAUAGAAUAAAAAAUAUUAAACGUCAAUUAUCACCAACUGGUAAACGUUUCCCAUAUUAUCAACCAUAUAUUCAUUCAUUAAUGCAUUCAAAUGAAUUAAAUAAAGUUGAUAAACAUAAAUGUUUCAAUGAAUCAAAAACUUUAUCACAUGGUCUAACAACAGCACAAGCUCAACUAAUCAAAAGUCCAACUCAACGAUUAUUAAUGCAAAGUCUCCCAUCAACUGAUUAUUGAUUGAAUAAUCAACAAUACUAACUGUUAUGUUUACAGUCUGAAAAAGGUUAGUAGAAUAUAUUAAUUGAAUUGAUUUAUGAUUGAUAAUCAAUAUCAUCAUUAUUGCGUAACAUCACCACAGUAACAAACUAUUUCAUUUGUUGCUGUCUUUUGCUCAUAUGUUUUUGUUGUUGUUGUUUUUGUUAUUGACAAUAACUUCCUAUUUGUAUGUAUAUCACUAAUUAUGUCAUCCUGAACGAUUAUGAACUGUUUGUCAUUUGAUUCUGUGAUUUUGCAUCAUUCAAAUGGAUAACCAUUUUAUUUUACAUUCACAACAUACUACUAUUCAUCAAUCAAUCAAUCAAUGAUCAUUUAUACUACUUAUAUUGAUUAUUAUUAGUAGUAGUGAAAAUCUUAUUAAAAAAGUAUAUAUAUAUAUAAUCCUGAUCAUGAAUUAGAUAUUCUCUUUUCUUCUCUCUUAUACAUUUCAUUAUUACUUUCAUGAUUGUUCUAAGAGAAUAAUGAACAAAAGGAUCCAUUCAUUGAUUCAUUCAUCUGUGAUCAAUAUCAAUCAAACAAGGAAUUGAUUUAUUGAUUUUCUUUCUUUUUUUGUUUUUUUUCUUUCUUUUUUUGAAAUAAAAAGGAAAUCAGUAGGAAACUAAUUUUUUUUAAAAAUUAUUUCUUUAUUUAUUUCAAUUUGAUUAUUUCUAUAACUAACCAUUCAAUGACUCUUGUUACAAUGCUCCUGUUAUAGAAUACAAAUAAGAAUGAGAGCCUAGGAAGUAUCAUUCCACUUCUCCCUCUCUCUCUAUAUAUACUACUAAUAUUGUAGUGAGUAGUAUCUGCAGUAUGUUUUUUAUACACACACAUUUGGAACUUCGUAAAAACAUUAGGCAAACUUUCGAACACAAACACACAUAUACUCCUUCUUUUACAUCUGUGUGUGUGUCAUUUCCAUUUUUCGUCUCUGUUGGGCUCAUCAGUUCCAUCGAACAAAAUGAUUUCCAAAUUACUAUUAUUAUGAUUUGUCUUUAUAUUAAAAAAAUCCCAAUUUCAAUUUAUGGUUAUAUUGAAUGGAACUAUUAAGCCAGUUAUAAUUGAAUUCAUUGAGAAUGGCUUAUCAACAAUUGAUGCCUAUUUUUAUUCUCAAUAAAAAUCUUUAUAUUCUAUCGAAUUUUUUUUUAAUUAUUAAAAUGACUAUUACUAUUUUGAUUAUUAUUAUUAUUCUCUUUGUUGCUAUGGUGACAAGUAAUUUGACAUCUUACUUUGUAUAUUUUUUUCAAUUAUUUUAUAAAAAGAAAAAAGAAAAAAAACAUUGAUGACAAUUUUUUUUUAUUGAAAUAAAACAAGAAAUAUAUUU